UUGCCUACCUCGUAGUAGUGCAUUCUGUGAAAUGUCUGUGUACCACGACGAAGUUGAGAUUGAAGACUUUGAGUACGACGAGGAAUUGGAGACGUAUUUCUAUCCGUGCCCAUGUGGGGACAGGUUCGAAAUAACCAAGGAGGACCUGCUGAAUGGUGAAGAGGUGGCGACAUGUCCCAGCUGCUCCCUGCUAGUGAAAGUGAUAUACAAUCAGGAGGACUUCAUUCGAGAAAAAGACACACUAACCAAAGAAGAACCAGCCAAGCUUCAAGCAACCACUUAAGGAGGUGCCUUGAAAACCAUCACCGCUGCUGCUUGCUUAAUUUCCAGAAUUUACUGUUCAGAUACAACUACAAAGCUUCUAAAUGGAGGGUUUCUCCAAAGCUUAGGUAUGAAACGAGCAUGAUUCUUUAUUGUACAUAUUUCAUCCAGAAUUACAAGUACAAGAGAAGAUAAAAA